AUGAAAAAUAUCGUUAUCGUAGUCGGAUAUGUGGGCCACUUCCGCAGAUCAGACAACACUGUGAAGCAGUGUCGGGCCGACUUUCACUGCCGAGUGAGAAGAGGCGAAGAACUGUGUGCGUGUGUUUUGGGGCUACGGUUCGGGUAUAAUCUUAACAAAAUUGGAUUUUUCCCCAAUCUCCUCAUAAACUCUCAUUCGCAGCUGUGUUCUUCAUUUCGUCGACUCCGAGGCAUGACUUCCACCACGUGCAGCGACGACCAAGGCAACCGGUUAUCUUGCGCAAUUGAAAGAAAGUUCGACCAACUGACCUUGGUUUUCGCCAACAACCACCAAAGCAAGUCAGCGUCAACGACGAGGACGGCGGUCGACAGUGUUUCAGCAAGUCAAAGCGACGUGCAACGACGUGUUAGCCAGGUGGGUCGUAGCAACGCCAACAGCUGGUUGCGUUUUUGUGUCUCCAUCGGAUGUCCGACGAGGAGCCGUGUAGCAGGCCUCGGUAACUGUCAGGCUUCUUACGAACUGAUUGGCGAGGAGGUGAAAAACCCGUUCACCCCUCCUAUUGCUUCCGCUUCGACCGUCAUGAAUUCUCUCUCUGAGCCGAUAGAGAAGGACGACUAUUUUGUUUGUUCCAACCUGUGA